GGAGCCCCGCUCGGGCUGUGACCCGGCCUGGGGGCGGGGGACUAAACCCACAGGGUGAUCGGGGAGGUUCUGUCUCCCUGCGCCGUCUAGACGCUGGGUCUGGUGACACAUUGGCUCUCAGACAGCAGCAGCCCUGUCUGCACUGGGGAGGGAAACUCCACAUUUGCCCACAGCUCUCGCUAGUGCUUUGCCAAGAGCACCAGUGGGUAGGGCCCGGCCCUGCAUCCGAGCCGUCCCUGGUGGUAAAAGCAGGAAGCUUGGCCAGCCCAUGUCUGUGGGAGCCACAACAGGGACACGGUGGUGGGAGCACCCGAAGGGUGUGGUGCUCUGGGGCCUGGUUCUCCGUUACGCCCCGGGUGGUUAUUUAUGCCAGCGCACAGAGGAUGCUGAGUGCCACUCAGUCAUCAUGAGGGAGUUUCACCCACACUUUGUCCUGGCUUAAAUGGCUCCACAGGGCAUGGGGAAUCAGGUGCCCUUUGUGCCAGCGAGGCUAAUGCCAAGGGGCUGUGCCAGGCAGGUGUCAGCCCCUGGGGAAUAGCUCUGGCCUUUACACCAUCUCUGCAGCAGCUCUGGGCACGGGGCCAACCUGGGGCGAAGGGCCAGAGAAAGGGAGCAGAUGGGGAUGGGAGGAGGUGGGGCUGGAUCUGCACCCCUGCGAUUCUGCACCCCUGCAAACCCCAUAGGGCUCAUUGAGGUAGAGGCACAAUGUUGGGCUGCUCUGGGGUCCCCCUACUUCCCUCUUACCCUGAGUAGGGGAGGCUGCCGCCUCUUGGGCCAGGUGCAGGGAGGGAUCUGAUCCCAAGAGGGAGAAUUAGGACAAACCUCCACUGCAGGGGAGCUGAAUGGCAGGUACAAUGCCCUGGAAGUGGAGCUGUACUUGCUGUGGAGGGGUCUCCCCACCCCUAGGGGAGCAAGGAGGAGCCCUGGUGGCUGACCCACUCCCCCCACCCCCUAGUCCGCCUCUAAUUUCUGUUUCAGUGCCAGGGAAUGUUUGCAGGGGGCAGUUGGGCCCCCUUCUCAACAGGGACCAUGCAGGGGUUUGUCCGUGUGCCCAGGCGUGUGUCCACACUUCCCCAGGCUGCACAGACAUAGCCCACCUCUGUGCUCUGAGCCAUGUAAGCACACCCCCUGUGGGUGCCCACUGGGACCCUGGCACGGUGAGCUUCCCCCGGCUGUGCCCUGUGGGUGCUAGGUGGAACCCUGGCAGGGUGACCGUCCCCCUGGCUGUGCCCUGUGGGUGCCUGCUAGGACCCCGGCCAGGUAGGUUCACUAGACAGGCAGGCCUAUCUAGAGAUUGGUCCUCCUUCCUCCCCACUCUGCUGCCCUGAAGCUUGGUCCCCCAGGGGCUUGUGUUAUCGGCAUAGCAGUUAUGGGAGUGCUCCAGGUACCAUAGUGAAUACUCCCUGUUUUAACCCUUUGUAUGCCCCGGGCCUUUGUGCUGGGGUCUUGUUUUUAUUUGAAGGUUGAAGGUGCCAGGCUGAAGCCCCAGAGACCAGGUCUAGCUCAGCCAGCGCCAGGGCAAGCUCUCUUCUCACUGUGCCCCCUGGAUGUGCCCCUCACUGACAGCUGCGAAGGGAACUCUGUCUCUACCGCCACCCCCCUUCUUGGCCUUUGUGCUGAGCCUGCCUGUAAGGGGCUGGUUUGUGCCCACACGAUGGCUCCAUGGGGAGAUCAGGCUGAGAACCCACCAACUCGGCCACCUUUGAACUGAAAUCCUGCUGUGCCCUACCUGGUUUUUAGGAGCCCCCAGCGAGCAGAGCUUUUCAGGGCCGUGUGCCAGCGCUGGGGAGGGGCUGCCCCACACCAAUUUCCAUUCCAGGUCUGUGGGCCAAGGGCUCGUCCUGUAUUUAAACAGACACGUCAUUCAUGGCUGGGAAGCAGAACUGGGUGUCAGUGUCUGUGGUUGGCUGGGGAACGUGCAGCUUCCUGUGAGGUGCUUGUGAAAGAGGCUGGACAGUGUCUCUGGGGCCUCAGUCAGAGCAGAGUCUCUGAGUCGAUCCCCAGGCAGGGAGGAGACGCAGAGCACAGGAGCUCGACGGGCAUUGAUGCUGGGCAGGGGUGUUCAUUCAGGAAGGAAGCAGGAGGGGGUCCGGACCGGACGUAGUUGCAGAACGUCCACCAUGACUCUGGGCCUAACUGUCUGGCCCUGGGUCCUGUUCUGCCUCGGAGCCAUCCUGCCCUUGAGAGGGCGCAGUUGGGAGAGUGCAUCCGCCAGCCCCCUUCUCCAGCAUGAGCCAUUUGUGGUAGUGUGGAACAUGCCCACGGCCCGGUGCCACCAGCGCUUUGGGGUUGCCCUGCCUCUUGAGGACUAUGCCAUCGUGGAGAACCAAGGCAAUGCAUUCCAGGGCCAGAACAUGACCAUCUUCUACAAGAACAAGUUUGGACUCUACCCCUACAUCUCCCCGGAGGGCGAAUACUACAAUGCGGGGAUCCCCCAGAAAGUCCGCCUCAAGCAGCACCUAGAGAGGGCCACAGCGGAGAUCACCCAGCUCCUGCAGCCAGACUUCCACGGGCUGGCCGUGGUUGACUGGGAGGAGUGGAGGCCGCUGUGGAGACGGAACUGGGGCCCUAAAGCAGUGUACAAGGAGGUCUCUGAGCAGUGGGUCUGGGAGAGGUUCCCAGACAUGCGUGCCAAGAAGCGAGUCUACUUGGCUGAGGUAGAGUUUGAGGGAGCAGCCCAAGAGCUCAUGGAGAGGACGCUGGAGCUGGGGAAAGAGCUGAGGCCCUGGGGUUUGUGGGGCUUCUACAGGUUCCCUGACUGUUUCAACGAUAACUGGAUGAAGAGGGGGAAUUACACGGGGGAGUGCAAUGCCAUGGAGGUGCUGCGGAACAACCGGCUCAUGUGGCUCUGGGAGGCCUCCACUGCCCUCUACCCGAGCAUCUACCUCCCACCCAAGCUUCCGCCAGCCAAGCGCCAGAGCUAUGUUCACCACCGCCUGCAAGAGGCCUUCCGCGUGGCACGGUUUGGCCUGGAGCAGCCCCUGCCGGUGAUAGCAUACUCCCGAGUCUCCUAUCGGCACUCCGCCAGGUACCUGUCCGAGGCUGACCUGGUCCAUACGAUUGGGGAGAGCGCGGCGCUUGGUGCUACCGGCCUGGCACUGUGGGGGGACAACUCCUACUCCCGUUCAGCCGAGAGCUGCAGGAGCCUCCGCCGUUACAUCACCCACACCUUGGGGCCCUACGUGGUGAAUGUGACGUCAGCGGCCCAGCUGUGCAGCCGCCAGCUGUGUCACGGGCAUGGACGGUGUGUGAGGCAGCGCCCCGACGAGCUGGGAGCCUUCCUGCACCUCAGCCCGCAGCAGUGGGGAGCGGACUCUGUGCUGACCAACUAUGUGGGCAUGGACGAGCCGGGCCAGAGGACAUGGGGGCAGUUCUGCUGCCGCUGCUACCGCGGGUGGACGGGAGCCAGCUGUGAGAAGCCGGGGUGGACUGAGCCCAUCAGGGGCCCGGACUGCAUUGCGCGAGCACAUGAUCCUGACAUCUGCAUCGCAGUGCAGGACAGAAACACUGCGGGCUCCCAGAUCUGCCCUAAGUCUGCCUACGAGGGGAAGACGGAGCUCAGGUGACCGCCUGGAUUAGGGAGUGGCUCCUGGGACAUCAGCAGGCUCAUAGACAUAGAACCUGGGGAGAAGGGAGCCUGUGGUGCUGGUGGAAAUUCCUGCACUGACACACCCUUUAUUCCUGGCUAGAGGGCUGGAUGUGCCACAGGAUGAUCAACUGUUCCAGCCAUAAGACUACAUCCUUCCCUCCCACAAAUAAACAAUCAAUGAAUCCAUGCUGGGAUAGCCCGUUUAAAGGGGAAUCAUAGACUAUCAGGGUUAGAAUGGACUUCAGAAGGUCAUCUAGCAACCUCCUGCUCAAAGCAGGACCAAUCCCCAACUAAAUCAUCCCAGCCAGGGCUUUGUCAAA